AGCCGCUCGGGCCCUGGGCCACCAUCGAUGUCUCGGGGCUCGGGCCGGCAGCCUGGCGGGCCGAGUCGCGGAGACGCGGCGGCGGGGGCGGAAGAGGAUCCGUGGGCCGGAGCCGUGCGCCGGGGCGGGGGCCGCGUAACCGGGCGGAGGCGGCCGCGGGCCGCCUGGGCAGAAUGUCACGAUGGAUGAGGGGGGCACGCCCCUGCUCCCCGACUGCCUCGUCUACCAGAUCUUCCUGAGCCUGGGUCCUGCGGACGUGCUGGCCGCAGGACUGGUGUGCCGGCAAUGGCAGGCCGUGUCCCGGGACGAGUUUUUGUGGAGGGAGCAGUUCUACCGCUACUACCGAGUGGCUCGGGACGUACCCCGGCACCCAGCGGCCACGUCCUGGUACGAGGAGUUCCAGAGGCUCUACGACACAGUGCCCUGUGUGGAGGUGCAGACGCUGAGGGAGCACACGGACCAGGUGCUGCAUCUCAGUUUCUCCCACUCAGGCUAUCAGUUCGCUUCUUGCUCCAAGGACUGCACCGUGAAGGUCUGGAGCAACGACCUGACCAUCUCCCUGCUGCACAGUGCGGAUAUGCGGCCCUACAACUGGAGUUACACCCAGUUCUCCCAGUUCAACCAGGAUGACUCGCUGCUGCUGGCCUCAGGGGUGUUCCUGGGGCCCCACAACUCCUCCUCUGGGGAGAUCGCAGUCAUCAGCCUGGACACGUUCGCUCUGCUGUCCCGUGUGCGCAAUAAGCCGUAUGAUGUGUUCGGCUGCUGGCUGACAGAGACCAGCCUCAUCUCCGGGAAUCUGCACCGCAUAGGGGACAUCACCUCCUGCUCAGUGCUCUGGCUCAAUAAUGCCUUCCAGGACGUGGAGUCAGAGAACGUGAACGUGGUGAAGCGGCUCUUCAAGAUCCAGAACCUCAAUGCCAGCACCAUUCGCACAGUGAUGGUGGCAGACUGCAGCCGCUUCGACAGCCCGGACCUGCUGCUAGAAGCAGGAGACUCUGCCCAAGCUCCCUGUCGGACCUUUGACCUAGGCAGUGAGGAAGACGAGGACGAGGACGAGCAGGAGCAGGAAGAGGCGUCGGGGCCCGGCCCGGCCCGAGCCAAGGAGGGACUCCGGCGCCUGCUCCACGGGAUCCUGGAUAGCCACGCACAGCCACCGCUGUCGGAGCGCGAGCUGGAGACCAAGGUGGCUGAGCUGUUGGCGCGAGGCCGCACCAAGCCCCCGGAGCGUGGUGCGGCAGGCACCCUCAACAAGCUGCUUAUCUUCACCACUGGCUGCCUCACCUACUCUCCACACCAGAUCGGCAUCAAGCAGAUCCUGCCGCACCAGAUGACGACAGCAGGGCCUGUGCUGGGCGAGGGCCGGGGCUCAGACGCCUUCUUCGAUGCACUGGACCACGUCAUUGAUGUGCACGGACACAUCAUCGGCAUGGGUCUGUCCCCUGACAACAGGUACCUGUAUGUGAACAGCCGUGCCUGGCCACGAGGCUCGGUGGUUGCCGACCCGAUGCAGCCACCUCCCAUUGCUGAGGAGAUAGACCUACUGGUGUUUGACCUCAAGACUAUGCGGGAGGUGAGGCGGGCACUGCGGGCACACCGGGCCUACACGCCCAACGACGAGUGCUUCUUCAUCUUCCUCGAUGUCAGCCGGGACUUCGUGGCCAGUGGGGCAGAGGAUCGCCAUGGCUACAUCUGGGACCGCCACUACAACAUCUGCCUGGCCAAGCUGCGCCACCAGGAUGUGGUCAACUCGGUGGUCUUCAGCCCGCAAGAGCAGGAGCUACUGCUGACAGCCAGUGAUGAUGCCACCAUUAAGGCCUGGCGGUCUCCACGCUCGGUGCGCAUUGGCCGAGCCCCGCCCCUGCGCCGACGCCCUUUCUUCUCCUGGUUUGCGGGUCAGAGGCCUUGAAGGCCAGCCUGAAGGUGACGGACCUUUCCAAUGGGCACGGGCAUGCCAGAGAUUCUGGGGCCAGCCCUACCCAUCACUUGCACACACUUCCACAGCCAGAACUCAGCCACCCAUGGUGAAGGGAGCACCUUCGUGUCGGUGUGGGGUUCACAGAACACUGGCCCUUUUUGCUCUUCAUCCCUACCCUGCCCUGCCAUACUUGGCUCUCCCCGGAGGGUGGGCAGGGCCAGCUGCAUGUCACUCCUCACGAGGGUCUGAUUAAACUGAUGACAGCACA